AUGGAGAAUCUCCUUCAUGAGGACACUGGAGUAGACUUUGGGGUCAUUUGCUGGAACUUGUGGAAGCAGAGGAAUGAAGAAGCCAUGGAUGGGAAAUCAUUCAAUGAGAAAGGCCUCUACUGUAGGAUUGAUGCCUGGAUGACAAUCAUUCACCAGGCUAAGCACAGAGACACCUUUGAUUGCUGGAAACCACCAAGACAACAUCAGACUGCAGGCAUCACAUGGAACCCACCUGAGGUUGGAUGGAUCCAGCUCCAAACAGAUGGCUCGGUAAUCCAACCCUCUGGAAGAGCAGCUGCUGGUGGCCUUCUUCGCGACCACCUGGGACGCUGCCUGGAUGCCUUCACCUGCAAUCUCGGAGUCUGUACGAUCACGAGUGCGGAGCUCAAAGGGGCAAUUGAAGGCUUACGGAUGGAUUGCUUGGGAAAGGGGGCACAGGAAAGUCAUGCUCAACAUGGACUCUACCACAGCAAUUGA